AUGCCCGCCCAUGCUGUCUUAAAGGAGGCCCUCAUUCGAUCCUUCGAAGUCCCAGUCGAUGAAGAAACGAAGGUCACCUACAUUGUGAUGGAGUACGUGCGCGGUGAGGUGUUGAAGGACUGUUGGGACGAUAUGAGUGAGGCACGUCGUGAACGCGUGUGUGACCAGGCUGCGAGCGCUAUUGCCGAGCUGCAGUCAUUGCAUGUGGACCGGCCAGGUCCAAUUGGCGGUGGACGAUCGAGGGGUACUUGGUUUACGACACUUGGAGCAGGACCAUUUCACUCUGUUCGCGAGUUGGAAGAUUGGUUUACUCACAAGCUUGAUGUAUGCAAGAGAUACAACAGAGCGUAUGCGAGUAUACCUCCGUUUAUGGGCAAGUUUGGGAAGAUGGUUAUGUCGCACAUGGACGUUGCGCCGCGAAACAUCAUUCUGGAGGGUGAUAACAAUAUUUGUUUAAUCGAUUGGGACUUUGCAGGAGCGUAUCCUGUUCACUUUGAGAGAGCAGGUCUUUUAAAUCAGGUACGAGAGGCAGAUUUCUGCAAACGAAUGCUGGCCAGGAUGAAGCCUUAUGAGCAGGAAAUAAAUGAUCUAGAGAGCGUGACAUGGGCAAUAACAUCGGCUUAUUUAAUUUAA